AAAAGCAGGCAAGUUGCAUUUACUUUGACUCUGUUUGUAGCAUUCUGGAGUUUCCAUCUUAUCUCACAUGGAUGCCCCACGUAUGAUCCUUUUCCCGUCGAGUAAAACCACGCCCAGAAGCAACCUCUCCUUUUCGCAGCAAACCCCUCUCCCCCAAUUAUAAACACCACAAACCCCCACCCUUCUCUCCUCUUCUUCUUCGUCUUCUUCCUCCAAAUUUAAGGGUUUUCAGUGGAGCUUCCACUGUACAACUCCACCUCUGCAACCUCCGAUUCUGUCGGUUGUUUUUCCGGUGGCUUUUUUCUCCCCUACCCCUUUCUCAAAUGGGUUUCUUAUGAUAUUAUGAGGGGGCAAUCGGCGGCAGAACAGCUUUAAUUGUUUUUUUUUUUUUUUUGGUUCUGCACCUGUGGUAUACUUUGUGUGUGUGUCCGUACAUCUUGGCCUUGUUUGGGUGUUUCGUGAUGGAUUCCGGGAGUAGUGCAAGUAUACAAAGCUCGAGUGGCGGCGAAGAAGAGUACGAUUCACGCGCGGACGGGGGGCUCUCUGGUUUCUUAAACAAUCCGUCACGGCAUGUCGGCCCCAUAGCUACUAAGCCCAAUCCACCCCCACCAUCCGUACAUCCUCCAGCGACGCACCACCCUCAUUCUUCCUCUUCCCUCUUCGACCCUUUCUCCAACUUCGCCCAAUAUUUACCCACUCGAUCACCUCAAAAUUCCCUUCCCAAUCUCGACUUCCUCUGUUCCAGAAACCCCAGGUCCGACCACGACCCGAUCCAACUUCCCGCCUCCAUUUCCAUGCUCCCUUCUUCCUUGACGGCCACCAAUAGUCAAUUGCAAUUGCAACUCCCUCAUCAAGUCACCCCAACUAAUGUCCAACCUCCACGGGGUUUAACUCUCACCGCGGAUCGAACCGACGUCGUUCAUAAUCAUAACAACAACAACAACAACACUGGUACUGGUCGUAACCCGAGGAAGCGAACCCGAGCCUCGAGGAGAGCCCCAACCACCGUCCUCACCACAGAUACUUCCAAUUUCAGAGCUAUGGUCCAGGAAUUCACUGGGAUUCCAGCACCUCCCUUCACACCUGCAUCCUGUUUCCCCAGAGCAAGAGUAGAGCUUUUUGGCGGCACCUCCUCCACCUCUUCCCCACCCUACCUACUCCGCCCAUUUCCCCAAAAGCUACCUCCCUUUCCUUUCAAUUCCCCUGAUACUACCACUACUACUACUACUACUACUACUACUACUACUUCUACAAAUACUUCCCUUCUCUCUCCAUCCUCCCAUUUUCUUCUCCCCAAACAGAAUCAUCAUCUGUCCUCUAUUUUCAAUCUCCAGCCCCCUCCCCCUCUCCACCCACCUAAUAUAAAUCUCCUCGCCUCCGACCUUCAAGUUUCCCUUGAUACUGCCCAAACCACAUCCGAGCCCCGUCCUAAUCACCAUCUUCAUCAAACGCAUCUCCCAGAAGAAUUCCUUUCUGGGAAUAUUCUUCCGCCAAGUUGGGACAUUGGCGGCGGCGGCGGCGGAGGAGGAGGAGGAGGAGCCAAAUACUGUGGCGGUACUAGAGUUAACAACAACUAUUCAGCCUCUUCUUCUUCUUUGGAUUUUCAUGGUGAUAAAGGGGGGUCCUCCGAGAAUGUGACGACUAGGAGUGAAGAUGCUUAUGAGGCAUGAGAAUCACAGACCCACAUCGAAGUAGAGGUAUAAUUAUCCAAAUCACUCGCCUUCCUCUCCCCAAUUUUAUUAUGUACAUCACAAUACAAUACACUUCCAUUUUGGGAUUUCCUCUUCAA